UUCUAAAAGUCAUUGUGCUGGCCGAGCGCUAGCAUUUUUAAUUUAGAAAUUCAGUAAAACAAAUAAUUAAACAUGGAUUCUACACGCGAAAAAGCGUUUCAGGAUUACCGGAAGAAACUGAUGGAGCACAAGGAGGUGGAAUCCCGGCUGAAGGACAUGCGAGAACAGCUGAAAGACCUGACAAAGCAGUAUGAUAAGAGUGAAAAUGACCUCAAAGCUCUGCAAAGUGUUGGUCAGAUAGUUGGGGAAGUGCUUAAACAACUGACAGAAGAGAAAUUCAUCGUCAAAGCUACAAACGGUCCUCGGUACGUGGUGGGCUGCCGCAGACAGUUAGACAAGAACAAGCUGAAGGGUGGAACUCGUGUAGCGCUUGAUAUGACCACACUGACUAUCAUGAGGCAUUUACCCAGAGAGGUUGACCCUCUGGUGUACAACAUGAGUCACGAGGACCCCGGAGACGUGACGUACUCCGCCAUCGGUGGGCUGCAGGAGCAGAUCAGACAGCUGAGAGAGGUGAUCGAGCUACCCCUUCUCAAUCCGGAGCUGUUCGUCCGUGUUGGCAUCACACCUCCGAAAGGCUGCCUGCUGUACGGUCCCCCCGGUACCGGCAAGACGCUGCUGGCUAGGGCGGUGGCGUCGCAGCUUGAUGCUAACUUCCUGAAGGUGGUAUCCUCGGCUAUUGUCGACAAAUACAUCGGGGAAUCGGCCCGUCUCAUCCGCGAGAUGUUCAACUACGCGCGCGACCACCAGCCCUGCAUCAUAUUCAUGGACGAGAUUGACGCCAUCGGUGGCCGCCGUUUCUCCGAGGGCACAUCAGCUGACCGCGAGAUCCAGAGAACCCUCAUGGAACUCCUCAACCAGAUGGACGGGUUCGACUCCCUGGGUCAGGUGAAGAUCAUCAUGGCGACCAACCGGCCCGACACCCUGGACCCGGCUUUGCUCAGACCUGGUCGCUUGGAUAGGAAGAUUGAGAUCCCGUUGCCUAAUGAGCAAGCCAGACUGGAAAUCCUGAAGAUCCACGCGUCGCCGAUCGCCAAGCACGGCGAGAUGGACUACGAGGCUGUGGUGAAGCUGUCGGACACGUUCAACGGCGCCGACCUGAGGAACGUGUGCACCGAGGCCGGCCUCUUCGCUAUUCGUGCCGAGCGGGAGUAUAUUGUGCAGGAGGAUCUCAUGAAAGCGGUGCGCAAGGUUGCUGACAACAAGAAGUUGGAGAGCAAGCUGGACUACAAGCCCGUUUAAAGCAUUUUAGUCAUAGUCAAGUUAAGAGUUAUACGCUGAUUCUGCUAUUCAAGACAUUAUUACAGUUUCGAUACAGUGGUUUGGUUUAAACCGACUAGACUUUCUGCGUGGCUCUGUCCACAAAAAUAGGAAAUUGCUCGUGAACCUUACAUUUUCCCGCAAAAAAAUGGC